UUUUGUGUCCACACCAUGAACGACUGCGGGAAAAAGAAUUGCCACUGUUUCGUCUACAAGAAGGGAAAGAAGGGCGCUCCGCCGCAGCCCGGUCAGCUGAAGUUCACCAUCGCGGAGACUUGCGAGCGCAUCAAAGAGGAGUUCAAUUUCCUACAGGCUCAGUACCACACGCUCAAGCUAGAGUGUGAGAAGUUGGCAAGUGAGAAGACUGAGAUGCAGAGGCACUAUGUUAUGUAUUAUGAAAUGUCAUACGGGUUAAAUGUGGAAAUGCACAAACAGACUGAAAUUGCAAAACGACUUAACGCCAUCAUAGCUCAAGUGUUACCCUUCCUAGCCCAAGAGCACCAACAGCAAGUAGCGACUGCUGUGGAGCGAGCUAAGCAAGUAACCAUGACAGAGCUGAACGCAAUCAUUGGGCAACAGCAGCAGCAAGGCUUGCAGCAACUUCUGCAACAGAUCCAUGCCCAGCAGUUACCUCACGGUCCACCCGGCCUACCGAUGGGACCGCAUCCCCCCGCCUCGCUGCUAGGGUUCCCCGCCAACCCGCCGCCCCAUCCCCUGCUCAAGGCCGCAGAGCUACAUGCAGCCAGAGAGCCUGUGGAUCUCAAGGGUCCACCUUCACUGCCAGAGGAUAGACUGAGAAGCUCUGUCUCCCCUGGGGAAAAGUAUCGCCCUCGAUCGCCCGCAGAAGGGGAGGUCAAGCGACGGAAACACGAAAAACUACAACCUCAUGACAGUGAUGGUGAGAAGAGUGACCAGGAACUGGUAGUGGAUGUAGCGAAUGAGGAGGGUGGAUCCCCGCACCACAACGGAGACCACCUGGGUGGGGACAUCCGGGAGAACGGGGACAAGCUGUGUGGCGCGGGGGCUGCUGUGAAGCUGGAGCGGCCGGGCAGUCGCAGUGGCUCCUGUAGCAGCAACCGCAGCACGCCUUCUCUGAAAAGUAAAGAUAUGGAAAAGCCGCCAACCCCAGUGUCCAAGUCGAGCACGCCCACGUUGCCGGGGGGGCCUGGGGGAUCCAAGCCCCCCGUGCCCCCCGCUCUACACCUGCCCAACCCCUCGCCUUUUGCCCUCGCCCGUAACGCAGACCCAUUCAACGCCGCAGCCUCCCCCUACUCCAGACCCAAUAUGAUGGCUUUCGAUGGCCACCCCCACACAAGAGGCCCUGUCGCCAGCACAAAUGGUCUCAACAUACCUGGUGGCAAGCCGGCCUACUCGUUCCACAUGAACGGCGAUGGACAACCACAACCAGUUCCGUUUCCCCCCGACGCACUGAUGGGCCCGGGCAUACCUCGCGCGGCGCGGCAGAUCAACACGCUCGGUCACGGCGAAGUGGUGUGUGCGGUCACCAUCAGCAACCCUACCAAAUACGUGUACACGGGGGGGAAAGGCUGCGUCAAGGUGUGGGACAUCAGCCAGCCACAGGCCAAGUCACCAGUGUCCCAGCUAGACUGUCUGCAAAGGGAUAACUACAUCCGGUCAGUAAAACUGCUGCCUGAUGCUCGUACGCUUAUCGUGGGAGGAGAGGCUAGUAACCUAAGUAUCUGGGACCUCGCCACCCCCACCCCUCGUAUCAAGGCAGAGCUUACGUCAUCUGCACCAGCUUGCUACGCCCUCGCCAUCAGCCCUGACUCAAAGGUGUGCUUUAGCUGUUGUUCGGAUGGGAACAUUGCCGUCUGGGACCUGCACAAUCAGGCACUAGUUCGGCAGUUUCAGGGGCACACAGACGGUGCUUCCUGCAUCGACAUUUCAGCUGAUGGCACACGGCUUUGGACAGGCGGCCUAGACAACACAGUGAGGUCGUGGGACUUGCGCGAGGGUCGGCAGCUGCACCAGCAUGACUUCUCCUCUCAGAUAUUCUCUCUAGGAUAUUGCCCGACGGGUGAGUGGUUGGCUGUGGGCAUGGAGAACAGUAACGUAGAGGUGUUACACACCCACAAGCCAGACAAGUACCAGCUUCACCUCCACGAGAGCUGCGUGCUGUCACUGCGGUUCGCUGCGUGUGGCAAAUGGUUCGUGUCCACAGGCAAGGAUAACCUCCUCAACGCUUGGCGGACACCAUAUGGUGCUUCAAUCUUUCAGUCUAAGGAAUCUUCUUCAGUGCUUAGUUGUGAUAUCUCUGCAGACGACAAGUACAUAGUGACGGGGUCAGGGGACAAAAAGGCAACUGUUUACGAAGUUAUUUACUGAAUGUUAGUGCGUGCGCGCGGGUGACUACAUUGUACAAAGUAUCUGUGUGGCUGUGUAUAGAAUAGUGGCAUUUGUGCCUCGGACUAAAAAAACAAAAGUGUAGUUUCUUUUUUCAGUUGUAAUUUUUAUUUUAAGAUCUGAUAAUUUAUUUGUGUAUAAGGCAUUUUCUCUCAGGUAUUCUGAAAGUUUUGUAUUUUGUUAUUGUUUUUUCUGCAUUCAUCAAGUGACAGAGCUUUGAUGUUUGGAUAUUUUAUCGCAUUUUUUUGUAAAAAUGACAAAGGCAUUCUUAUUUGUCUUGUUUUAAAAAUAAAUGUUUCCUUUUUA